AGAGCCGUGCUGCGCAAGCAAUUGUGAACCGGAAGUGUGGUGAUCGAGACGCGCAACGUCGGCAGGCGAAGUCGCGCUUCUAUCUUGCAUUGUAGUAUUGCAGGUUGUUUCCGUUUUGAACCUCUUUCUCGUAGUUCUCGAUACAAAAUGACUUGCAAACGCAGAAACGGUGGACGUGCCAAGCAUGGCCGUGGCCAUGUAAAUCCAGUCCGCUGUACCAAUUGUGCUCGCUGUGUCCCUAAGGACAAAGCUAUUAAGAAGUUUGUUAUUCGCAACAUCGUUGAAGCGGCUGCCGUCAGGGACAUAACGGAGGCUAGCUUCUACCAAUCGUAUCAGCUGCCUAAAUUGUACGCCAAGCUUCACUAUUGCGUCUCCUGCGCCAUUCACUCUAAAGUGGUGCGAAACAGGUCUAAGGCGGAUCGUCGUAUAAGAACGCCUCCUGUUCGCAACUUCCCGAGGGAUCUGCGCCAAGGCCAGCAAAACAGGAAAUAAUUUUAUUAUGUAAAGUUAAUUUCGAUAUAAAUAAAAAUGCAUAAAACUUA